UUUUUAUGAAUGAAAAGAAUCCAGCCUCAGUGAGCAGCAGUAAUUCCGGGAAAAGGCGGACUGACAUUUUCUCGCCAGAGUCGCGUCGAACCAACAGAGUGUUUAUUUUUGUUUUGAGUGGUGCUUUCUGGGAAAAAAAAACCCAAGACAACUGGAUUAUGACAAUGGAGAUAAACAGCAAAGCCCUGAAGGUGAAGCAGGAAUGUGGCGAGAACGUCCCCAUCCUCUCCGACAGCGAGCUCAUGUCCCUGUCGGUGCGGGAGCUGAACCUCCACCUGCGCGGCCUCUCCCGGGAGGACAUCCAGAAGCUGAAGCAGCGCCGCCGCACCCUGAAGAACCGCGGCUACGCGGCUAGCUGCCGGGUCAAGCGCGUGUCGCAGCGAGAGGCCCUGGAGCAGCAGAAAAUGGAGCUGCAGAGGGAGGUGGACCGGCUCGGGGCCGAGAACGCCGGCAUGAGGAAGGAGCUGGAGGGUCUCGGAGCGCGUCUGGCCGCCCUGCAGAGGUUCGCCCGGGGCCUGGAAGCGGGCGGGGGCAGCCUGCUGGCCACGGCCCCACGCCUCAACACCGCCUCCGUCAUCACCAUCGUGAAGAGUCCGUCCCAAAGUCAGACGCAGAAAGAACAGGACCCGUCUUAGAAGAGCUGCUAGACCCAGAGCAGGAGAGGUGGGGGGUGUUUAUAGUAACAGUCUGUAAAGCAAAUWCAUGUAGAAAUGGUUAUGCUACACACACACACACACAUACACACACAGAAAACAUAAAGGCAAGACAACAGGAAGACUAAAUAAGUAGGAAAAUACUAAACUUAUUGUCUGCAUUGUGCCUUUUUCACAUUACGAUAUGCAGAAGUAACUCCUUUCACUGCAGCAAGGCCUACAAGGUUGCCCAGAAACAAUAGUUUCCUUUAGUUUCUCUUUAAAAGGACUAAGAGCAGGUGAGAAGUCAUCCAGGACAGGUGGACGUGCCCCCCCCCCACCCCCACCCCUCACUCGUGCAGUUUAGAGUUGACGAUUUCAGAAAGACGCAGGCUUCAUGGGAAGCAGGCGUGGAGCCCCGAUGCUGCGUCAGGACACACCAGCCCCUCUUCACCGAGCCGCAGCUGGACUCUGACUCAAGCCAGACUGGAUCCCAGAGUUACUGUACGUCUUUAGCUGCCACGUUGGUGCAGGCACACUGCGCUGCCAACGGGCUCCAGGGGGGGCCACUUCCUGUUUCUGAUGAUGACACCAACAGCAGGGGGACGUUGGCGCCUUCUUCCAGACCGUCUUCAUUUUUUAUUAUCUUUUUUUUAUGCUGUUGUCAUCUGAAAUGAUUUGCUGCGUCUCCAAGAUCCCCAGCCUUUCAUUUAGUCAUUAGGGUAAUAAUUAUUUCUCUUUUCUAAAUUCCUUUGAUGCUUCUGAGGCAACAGAGAGAGAGAGAGAGAGCGCGAGAGCCAGGAAACGGCACCUGCUACAGUUUAAAGGGUCCACCCCUCCACAUGGUCAUGGUUGUGCUGUCAGCGCAGUGCCUUAAGCUACAAAAACCUAAAAGGGAAAAGCAGAACAUAACGGCUCCACCUGUCGUCACGCAUCACUUUUCCUUACCAUGGUUUUUCCAGGGGCUCUGACCUCACGCCGCUCGCAUUUCCUCACUGCGCAGUAACCUCGGUACAGUCUGCUGCUGCUUCUGAUCCUACGUAUCCGUCAGACUUCCACCAAAAGCAGAGUUUCUUUCUGGCAGGAAUUUCCUGCAAAGACAACAACAACAAAAAAAAAAAUACCGAUAAUCCUCUGAAUACAUUCCUGUUUUGUGUUAUUUGUAAUGUUCAAAUGUGCUGCAGAGAGACGAAAAUGUUGAGUGACAUUUAUAAGAGAUCUAUAUAAAUAUUCUAUAUUUUAUUUGUAUUUAAAGGUAGACAUGCUAACGAGUGCUGUGAUGUUCGACACAUUUUUUUGUGUGUGUGUGUGUGUGUGUGUGUGUGUGUGUUUUUCCAGAAGUACUUAUGACUAGUCGGAGGAUAUUCUCACGUCUAAUUAUCGUGUUGUGUUGCGGACAAAGAUUACAAAAUGCUAAUUAUUAAGUCAGUGGCUGUAUUGAUGUGUGAUUAUUUGUGUGUUUGUGAGUACUUUUUUAAAUUUUUUUUGCCAUAUUUGUACUAGCUCGUCACAACGGAUUCUUGGGAGGGACACUUAUUUUUCUACGACUAUUUGUUGUUUAAAAAAAAACAAAACGUUUGAAUUAGCAGAAAGGGAAAGGGGGAAGUGAAAGAGGGACGAGGCGGAGGGACUGCUGGUUGAUGAGGGGAAAAGGAAGUAGACAGGAAGGCGACGUUUGAUACACUUGAAGACCUUUCGGGAUGUUGGUCCUUGUCAGCGCAGCGCAUUUAGGCCACAGACUAGUGCUAGCAAUAUGUAUAUGAGUACAGACUGUAACGCAAUAAAGUUGACUAGAAGAGGCAGAUGUUUAGCGAUUAUAUGAGCGUUGUUGUGGCAAAAGCAUUUAUUCUCUAUAUCGUGUCACGUUUGUCAAAAUUGUGCUGGAUGUUUUGUAAUCCCUGCAAAACAAAUAUGGUCUUUGUAUUUAUUACCUGUAUUUUUUCUACUGUGGAAAAUUUAAGUACAUUGUCUAUUUUAUAUAAUAAUUAUAAUAAAUGUUGUACAUAUUGUACAUAAAA